GUUCUUUCCAAACAGUUCUAAUAUGUUUUUCACUCGGUUCCAACUUCCGACGCCUGCUGUCGGCAUCAAAAGGUUCUGAAGAAUUGAAGGUCUUGCACGGCCUGCGGGCCUUCAGCAUGGCCUGGGUGAUCCUGGGACACACAUAUGUCUGGUUGAACUUUCAGCUUCUGCGAGGUCCGAAUUUAAUCGUGAAGUGGUUUAAUGAUUGGCAUUUUGAAGCUAUUCUGAACGCGUGGUUAUCGGUGGAGCCAUUUUUCUUUUUGAGCGGUCUUCUAACGAGUUACGCAGCCAUGAAACUGAUGCCAAAGACGAAAGGAAAAAUUAAUGUUCCUUUAUACAUAUUUCGACGUUACCUGAGGCUGACGCCGCCCUUGUUGCUUGUGAUUGGACUGGCGUACUUCAUGCCUCUGGUAAGUUCUGGCCCUUUCUGGUACGAAAGAGUGGACCCAGAACUCCGUGCCUGCUCGGCCUACUGGUGGAGGAGCUUGCUCUACAUCAGCAACUGGACGGGUAUCAAGAGCAUCUGCGUUCACCCGACGUGGUACUUGUCAGCAGAUUUCCAGUUGCAUGUCGUUUCCAUUGUAGUUUUGUACGCAUUAUACAGAUCUCCCAAGCUUGGAUUCGCAUUGAUUGCAGCCCUCGUGUCCAUGUGCAGUGUUGCCACCGGCGUGAUAACUUAUUUGUGGGACUUACCUCCUACCAUCCAGAUUUCAUCUGGCAACAAUGGAAAAAUUGAGCAGACGAUUGACGUGGUACACAUGCGCACCUUCACACAUGCAGGUCCGUAUUAUGUUGGAAUCGUCGCGGGAUACCUCUUGGUUAAAUACAAAGAUGUAAAGCUUGGAAUGUUGACGAACGUUGUCGGAUGGUGUCUGUCCAUUGUCAUCUCUAUCAGCUCUCUGUACGGAGCCCACCGAUGGAACAUCGGAGAGCCGCACGGUCCACUGCUGACGGCCGUCUUCGCCGCCCUGCAUCGGACGACUUUCACGAUAGGUGUCGCCUGGGUCGCAUUCGCAUGCGUCACUGGUCACGGAGGUCCCGUGAAUAAGUUCCUGUCCAGUUCUCUGCUCGCUCCCGUGAGUCGACUCACCUUCAUGAUCUACCUGAUGCACAGUCUGGUGAUAUGGGUGAGGAUGGCCUCUCUGCGAGAGAGGAUCAACUACAGUCAUUACAACCUGCUCUACGAAUACAUGGGUAACAUCAUAGUCAGCUUACUGCUGACGAUGCCAUUCUAUCUACUGUUGGAAGCCCCUCUCUCCAACCUGGAAAGGCUCGCUUUCUCCAGAAGAGCACCGGAGAAAAAAGAAGGCGAUGGAACGAAUGGUCAUCUACAAACCAACGAACUCAACAAAAUAUCCGAGAUUCCAAAGGCUGGAAUUGAUUUUGCACCUUCAUCAGUUGAGCUCACAGCUGUAAAGUGCUUGGUGUUCGAAAACAACGGCUUUGUAAAGUGACCGUAACCUCAGGAUAAUUUUACUACCUCAUGUAUGAUGAAUCAUA